AUGUACACGUCUUUGGACAUUUACGGCAAGAAUCUGGUGAGUACUGAAGGAUCAGAUUGGCGCACACAUCGCAAACUUGUCGCACCAAGUUUCGGUGAUAAGAACAAUCAGCUCGUGUUCAACGAGACCCUUCAUCACGCAAAGUCGAUGCUGGGAUUGUGGGCCGGAUCCGAGGGUAAAGGCAAUGAGACUAUUGCCGAUCCUUCCGUUGCGGCAAUGAACUUUGCUCUUUAUGUUAUCAGUGGAGCGGGUUUCGACGUACGCGUAGUAUGGCCACACGAAGAGGGCAAGAAAGUGGAGGACAAAAAGAGCGAAGACUCUAUUUUUGUAGGAUCGGAAGCCCCUCCCGGCUACACCAUGAGCUACAGGGCCGCUCUAAGCCAGCUGCUACACAACAUUAUGUGGACUCAAGUCAUGCCACUUAAGUGGCUUGCACGAUCUCCAGUCAAAAUGCAUCGUGAAGUCAGCGAUGCGGCCCACGAAUGGGGUAAGUACAUGGAUGAGAUCUAUGAAAUGAAGAAGACCCAAGUCGAGUUUGGCGAGACUCAAGCAAACAUGGACAUAUUUGACUCUCUGAUCCGCGGAAGCGGCAUCACCAAGAAAGAGGGUUCGAAUUUCACGAAGAGCGACCUGCUGGGUAACGCAUUUGUGCUUAUGUUGGCGGGCCACGAAACAACUGCCAACACACUACAUUUCUCCAUGGUAUUCCUCGCCAUGAACUGGGGCUCUCAGAAGCGGCUGCAAGACGACAUCGACAACAUAUUUGCGGGCAAGCCCAUCGACGAAUGGAAGUAUGAAGAGCACUUUCAGAAGCUAUUCGGAAGCAUGCCAGCGGCAGUCAUGAACGAAACUUUACGGCUGCUGCAACCAAUCAUCAACAUUCCGAAGUCUACUCCACCGGGUCGACCACAGCCAUUGAAUAUCGGGGGAAAGCAAUAUAUGGUACCCGGCGACGCUCACGUAUUCCUCAGCGCAGCCAUACAUCGCAACCCAAAGUAUUGGCCAACACCAUCUGAUGGCUCAAGCAAGGACGACCUAGACCAAUUCAGACCUGAACGCUGGCUCGUGGAUAGCAAGCCCGACAACGAUUUCGUCGACAUCAACUAUGACGAUGAAGGGCUACGUGGACCAGCAGGCGAAGACACUUCAUCUGAACUCUUCAAGCCCGUCAAAGGCUCAUACAUCCCCUUUAGUGACGGCUUCCGAUCAUGCAUUGGUCGACGCUUUGCUCAAGUGGAGAUUCUCGCGGUGUUGGCCGCGAUCUUCUCUCAGUACAGCGUUGAGCUCGCAGUCGAUGACUUUGCUAGUGACGAAGAGGUGGAGAAGAUGCCAAAGGGAGGCAAGGAGAGGAGAGACCUAUACAAGAUGGCUACGGAUAGAGCCCAGGAUUUGAUUCAGACCAAGAUGGCGAGUAUCAUUACGCUGCAGUUGCGGGGUGUCUCGAUACCAAUCAGAUUGAUGAAGAGGGGAGAAGAGAGGUUCGCUUUCGAUGUCUAA